AUGAGCUCAACGUCCAACUUCCGUGCAUCACCACGCAGGACAGCGCAGAACGCCCCUUCGUCACUGCUACAACCGCCUAGCAAUGCAGGGUACGCGCGACCGUCGCCUCUCAAAUCACAGCAGCCGUCAGCCGCGCCGACACUGAGCGUCGAGGAAUGGGAGGCCAAAGCUCCGCUCGGUGACCUCGAGAUACGUAGCGUCAAUGCUAUCAAGCAGGCUACGGACAAGGUCCCUAUGCCUUUAAAGUUUAGCGCGGAGGAGAACGACGACGACCCAUCGACACCAGCGACGCCCACCAACCGGUUCGCAUCGUCUUCACGGCCCUCGACGCCUCAGAAUCCUUUCCAGAAUCGCACCGGAACACAUGCGCUGCAUCCUCGACAACCCGUGCAUACGACCCAGCAGCUCUACGACUGGUUCGCCUUGAUUGACCGCUCGGUCGCUCAUAGCCAAGAAGCCCAUUUCAGAGCGCAUAUCGCGACGGUUGCGCAGCAUCUUGAGACAUGCGACCUCUUGUUGUCCAAAGUCGACGAGAUCGAGCGCGAGGUGGAUGUCAUGCUCGAGAAUUGGAGGAGUGUUGAGGAGGGGGGUAAGAGUCUGAAGGAUGCCUGUGAGAGGUUGCUGGAGGAGAAGGACAAGCUCGUUGAGCUCACAGACGACAUCGGUUCACAUCUGGAAUAUUUCCAGCAACUCGAUAUCGCGACGCGAAUGCUGAACCAUCCAGGAGAACAGCUCAUCUACCAAAGCGAUUUCCUGUACAUGGUGGAGAAGGUCGACAUUUGUAUAGAAUUCCUCAAGUCACGGAGGCACUACAAAGAGGCUGAAGUCUACCUGCUACGCUUCCAGCAAUGCAUGACGAGGGCUAUGACCCUGAUCAAGAUGAACUUUGUUGGUUCACUGCGAGCGUUGUCAUCAGAUAUCUCAAGGCGUCUCUCUGAAAAGGACGUGUCCCAAACCGCCCAAAUGCACCUACUUUACACACGAUUCCGGUCAGUCGCCGCCAAGGUCGCACCACUACUCGGCGAGCUUGAGAGGCGUGCUCGAUCCUAUCCAGAUGAACUCUCCGCGCUUCUGUCGGAAUGCCACUCUGCCUACUUCAGCACGAGGAAAGCUUUGUUGCUUCCAAAGAUCAUGGAGGAAAUCAGAGGGUUGGAUCCCAGUCGAAGCGAAUUGGUAGAGUUGACGAGAGCGGGUUGUAGCUAUCUUAAGCAACUCUGCACCGACGAAUUCAACCUCUACCGAGAAUUCUUCAGUACAGCUGAGGACCAGCUCUAUCAAUACCUCGAAACCCUUUGCGACCUCCUCUAUGACGACCUUCGACCGCGCAUCUUACACGAACCGAGACUGACGGCUCUCUGCGAAGUAUGCACAGUCCUACAGGCCCUCAUGGUCCUCGACGCGCCGAUCUCCACAUCAACCUCAACGAGCAGCACCCUCUUCUCGGACGGCGCCUCAAGCUCAUCCCAAAUCGACACCUCGGACUCCGAAUCCGACGAAGAUUCGAGCGACGAAGACGCCGACAGCGACUCUGAGUUGACGGUGGACCUGGACACUGCCAGUCUGACCGCCAAACGCAAGAGCAAAGGCAAACUGGGCCAUGUAGGCCGCCGACUGCAUAUCCGCCAUUUGUUGCAGAUGGUGCUACAGGAUGCGCAGACGAGGUUGUUUUUCAAGGCGCAGGCGCUCAUUCAGAGUGACAUAAAGUAUUAUACGCCGAAGAAGGAGGAUUUGGCUUGGCCUGAUGUUAUUGUUGCUGCGAACCAGCCUAAAAGUGGGACGGAGAUACGCGAGAAGGAGACUGUUAGCAGGAUCUUCAAGGCGAACCUCACUCAACAGGAAACCUGGUAUCCGACUGUUCGGAAGAUGGUCUGGAUUCUCUCCCAGUUGCACGACUUUGUGAAGCCUGCCAUCUUCGAAGACAUUGCCCAAGAAGCAGCUCUACUCUGCCGGCAAUCGCUACUCGCAGCACGAGACAUGAUUAAAGCCCGGCCUCCGCCUAGUACACCCCUUGAUGGUCACCUGUUCCUUGUGCGACACCUGCUUAUAUUGAAGGAUGUGGCUAAGAGCCUGGAAGGCGAAUCUACCAAUGGGCAGCAGAAGGACAUCUCUGUUGGUGCGUUCCCUAGUACCCCUGUGAAGAGUGCAGGGAUGAGGACGCCUGGUGUUUCUGGGUUUGGGGCUGCAGAGCCUGCCAGUUCGGGCGGUGUCACAGGGACAUUGACUACGAUGCUCAACCGGACGACUGCGAUACUUCCCGAAGGCCUUUUUGCCUCUUUGGGAGUGAGUAGAGAUGAAAGCAUUAGAGGGGCUAAGCACGGCAUCGACCACGACCUCCGACGAGCCUGCGAAGACGUUAUCAACGCGAGUGUAGCCCCUAUUUGUGGUCCUCUCGACGAUUGGGUCUUACGAGUCCAAACCCUCAGCAGCGGUUCCGCCACGAAACCGGGCACAAGCCUCCGUACCGCCCAGUCUCCACCGACUGGAGCCCGAACUGCCAACCCCCAGACUGCUGCUGCUGGUGCAGUGGAUAUUGCAACGCUGAGCAAUCCGACGCACAUUCUUGCUUUGUAUACCGAAUUUAGGAGUGCGAUUGAAAGGGAUUUGAGGGCGAAUGUUGCGAGGAUUAGGUUGUAUUUGGGGGAUGCGGAUGGGGAGGGGCAGCACGGUCAAGGUGGACAGGGUCAGGCAACGCAAUCUGGAUACCAAUCUUCAGGGACGGCAAGUGGAAGUGACGGCGAGCAGCAGCGGACCUCUUCAUCGUCGUCGCCAUCAUCGUCACACCAGCAUGGACGCACAGCUAAGAUCCUCAUCGACCACGUUCGUGAUAGGGUUGAAGAAGCGUAUCAAGGGUUUGUGGAGCAGUUGAGGGAGGUGGUGGCGACGAGUGGUGCGGGGAGUAGUGAGGAGGUGCAGAGGGUGUUGAAGGAGGUUGAGUCUGGUGGUCAGGGAGGGAGUGUGAAGGAUGUGGUUAGGAUGAUUUGUUUGGGGGAUGUCACGAGACUAUAG